ACGAGGUUGAGUGUUUGACUUCCGCAAAUUAAAGAACACGUGGUCUACCUUUGUAAAAGUACAUUUUCUCUCUUCUAUAAAUCUCUGCAGAGACAUGAGAGAGCUCAUCACCACGAAAUCAAUUCCAUCAAAGUUUGUAUUGCCUCCUUCUGAUUGUCGGUCAAGUUAGUCCGAUCUCAACUAGGAAAACGUAAAGAAGCAUCACCGCCUUUCCUCAUUUGCCUGGACUCCCGGUGCAUUGUUUCCUCAAGUAGCUAGGAAUAUAUCUACUUUCCUAUUUAUUUUCCCGAUAACAUCACUUCCUCAAGUAGCUAGGAAUUCUCUACUUUCCAAUUUCUUUUAUUAGAUUCCUAAUGUAAACUGGGAACUUAUUUUUCCUCCACUCUUAUAAAUUAGACCUCGAUCUGCCUUCCUCGUUCACCAUUCAUCACAGUUUGAGAGAAAAGUUGAAAACCAUACCCCUGUGAAGUGAAAAUUGUGCUAUUAUUUUCGUACUUCAUAUCCCGGCGAUGUCGAUCUUCCGUUCCCCUCUACUAAUCAUGCUCAUUGUUUUGCUGAUAAGUUUUCAAACCCCCAGCGUUCAUGCAACGACUUUUACAUUCUUAAACAGGUGUUCUUACACUGUUCAUCCCGGAACUUUAUCCGGUUCCUCCAGCCCUAGACUAGAAACCACCGGAUUCCAACUCGUGCCCGGCGAGUCUCGCUCCCUUCAAGCCCCACCAGGCUGGUCCGGCAGGUUCUGGGGCCGAACAGGUUGCAAAUUCAACUCCGUCAACGGUCAAGGCUCCUGUACCUCCGCCGACUGUGGCUCCAACCAAGUCGAGUGUAACGGUGCCGGUGCAGUCCCUCCUGCCACUCUAGCUGAGUUCACAAUAGGUAGUGGUGAUUCCAAGGACUUCUAUGACGUCAGCCUGGUAGAUGGCUUCAACUUGCCUAUGAUGGUCGAACCGAGCGGCGGCUCCGGCGACUGUUCUUCCACGGGGUGCGCGGUGGACUUGAAUAAGGGAUGUCCGAGUGAGCUACAGUUCGCAGGCGGUGCGGGGUGUAGGAGCGCGUGCGAGGCUUUUCAGAAGCCGGAGUACUGCUGCAGCGGCGAGUAUGGCUCACCUGACACUUGUAAGCCGUCGGUUUACUCGCAGAUGUUUAAGGCGGCGUGUCCAACGGCGUAUAGCUAUGCGUACGAUGAUGGCACGAGUACGUUCACAUGUAGUGGAGCUGAUUACGCCAUAACAUUCUGCCCUUCAUCUACAACGAGUUUAAAAUCUUCAACACCAACAGUUGCAACACAAACAUCGACACAAUCAACACCAACAGCAACGACGGUGACACCGCCUCUGCCUCCAACAUCAACAGGCACACCGGCCACACCAGCAUCGCCGGCAACAGCAACGACGACAAUCGAUGGGACCGGAGGUGGAUAUGAUUAUUUUGGCUUGUCACCGGGUUUAAGUAGUGACGCUUCCGAGACGCUUGCUUCUAUCAGUAAAAUGGCUCUGAAUGCUGGUUUUACAAUUUUGGCGUAUAAUCUACUCGUGGGUUUCACAUAGCUAAAUGAAGCCUCUAAUUUUUUAAACGUGUUUAGGACUU